ACAUUGACAGGAGGACUAUCAUCAUCAAAGGUCUCACUCACACGCAAGUAACAACACAGACAGGCAAUGCAUGCAGGUCAGGUGUGUAUUAGAACAUUGUGACAGACAAUGCGUCAGUCAGUCAGCAGCCCAGCCAGCCAGCCAGCCUACAUGCAGCAAAGCUUGCCUGUAAGUCUCUCGUCGAUCGAUCGAAGCAAAACGGGCGGCAAAUACAUUCAUCCACACCGACCCAUGCCAUGCACUCGUCAGUCCACGUCGAUCUGUCUGUCUGUCUCUGUCUCUGUAUGUCGCUCCACUCACUGAGUCUCUGUACAUCGAUCUACACAACAGACAUUGAUGGCAUGCAUACAUUAAAGCGUGUGGAUGUGAGUGAUGUGCGUCCUCAUAAAUAUAAGUAUGUAAGGCCCGCCACACACACUACACACAGGAAGACGCUUAUCUCCCCCUUUGUCCUUUGAAAGGGGGGGAACAUCGCGAGAUUCCUGCUCAACACUUAUACACACAAGUGAGCAAGACACUACAGGCAGGCAGAUCGAUACAUACAGACGAGAGAGAGACGAGAGACAAACAGACAGACAGAAAGCUGUCGUAGCAUGUGUGCAUAGCAUGAUGAAUGACAUCGGAUAAAAUGAAAACUCUAGCGAUAGAUAGAUAGAUAGGUAUGUUUUGUAAUGGCGAUAUGUACAUGUAGCAGCGUACUUACUGAUCGUAUGCAGGCGGGCAAGAGAAAGCAACGAGCGCCCGUACAUCGACAGAAAUGACCGCCUGCCUUUAGCCUUCUUUACGCAGGGGACGGAGAGAGCGAGAGGAAGAGGAAGAGGGAGAGGGAGGGGUAGAGACACAGAGACAAAGCAAGCAUGACCUAGCUACCCCAGAGACACGACACACCCCACACAGACAAGACAGACACAUGCCCGCUCCUCAAGUCACUUCACACGCCUCAUGAGCGGGAGAAGAGCUGCACACACACCACACACACACACACCACAGGACAGGACAGCAACCAUUACACCUAGGUCUCCCUCCCUCUAUCUAUCUGGGCGUGUCAGCUGACUGACCUUGACGCUGCAGCUCUGUGUGGAUGAGGUGGCCGGCUUGUUGUCCUCAUCGAAGAGCUUGCAGUUAUUCUCACCCUUCUUGGCGAACUCGAAGCCGUUGCAGCUCCCAGAUGACACGCAGGCGUGCUGGCACGCACCCUGCUCAGCCACGGUCAGCUCUGCACAGCCAUCCACACGCAUACACACACAUGACGCAUUGCUUUCUCCCUCCCUCCUUCGCUCGCUCACCCUCCUCAGCUUCUGGGAUGGAGCCGUCCUUGCGUCUGCAUGCGCCGACGCCGACCUCCUUGAGCUCCUUGUCUGCGGUCGCAUCCUCAUCCUCCGCAUCCUCGAGGCUGAAGCACCUGACGCUUGUGGUGCCCUUGAUGGCCUUGGAGAUCAGCUUGCACUGCGCCUCGGCCUUGCCGUCCUCGUCAGUGUAGCCGAAAUUAACAGCCUGGCACGAGAGGUCAAGUGAGCAUCUGCACACACAGACGGGGGAUGGGUGGCACAAGUGGAUGGAUGGAUGGAUGGGCUUCUUGCUUACGCGAAGAGGCACUCGUAUUCGGUGAUCUCUCCCUCGCCGAAGAAGGACUCCUUCUCCUUUGCCGCAUCGUCGUCAACCAGGCAGGCCUGGGUCUCGCUCUCCUGCUUGAAGCCAGGGAAGUUCAGGAUGAUGUCGUCAAAGCCUGCACACACAUACACACAUUAGAGCACCACGGCACUGAUCAAACGGACUCAGCUUUCCCCUUCCUUCCUGGCCUCUGGUGUUCUGACCGAAGCGGAGCCUGUCGAGAGCUGUGAAGUCCGGGACGAUCUUGGAGAGGAUGUCCACGUCGGCCUCCAGGAGGCGCCGUCCUUCGUCCUCGCUGAACAGCUUGUCAAGGUCGCCGAGGUCCAAAAGGAGACCCUUCUCGUAGAGCCUGGUGAGGAGGCCCUUGAGGUAGUCAAGGUCGAGGGAGAGGAGGUCGAUGUCCUUGAGAAUGUCGAGGUCGAUGUCGUAGAGGCCCUUCAGGGGGUCUGUCAGGUCCAGUCCGGGCAGCAGGCCCUUCUCGUACAGGUCGGGGAUGAUCUCCUUGAUGAUGUCCAGACUCCGGAUGACAUCUGCAGACAGACAAAGGGAGACACGGAGUGGCAGGGGGAGAGAGUGGUGAGGAUGGGUGUGUGUGUGUGUGUGUGCGUGUGUGCGUGUGGCGCCAAACGUACCGACGUCCUUGAUGAUUCCAAGGUCGAUGAGCGAGAUGAUGUCGCCGAGGUCCUCGAUGGCCUUGUCGUAGUCGACGAGGUCGCGGAUCUUGUCCAGGUCGGUCAGGUUGUACAGGUAAAACUUGUACUCAUCUUACACAUAUACAAACGCACAGACAUGAGACGCAGAUCCCUGUCUGUCUGGCUUCGCGUGUUGACGCACCGAUGUCGACUUUAUCGAAGAGGUCCUCAAGGCUGUCGCGGACCUUGUCGAAGUCGUAGUCGGGGAGGAGCGAGAUGUCCUUGAGCUUGUCGGCGACGACCUCAACGCCGUUACCGAUCUUGACCACCUUGUCGAUCGAGCCACCGAUUUUCUCAAUGAUGUCUGACACGCACACAGAGACGGAAACAGUGGUGUGCUGCUGUCUCAGGUCGGCUGCUGUGCUGUGAUCACCCUUAAAGAUGCCAGUGACGCCCAGUUCAACGCCUGCACAGAUGUCAAAAGAGACGGGCAGAAAGGCGUGCUCACGUGAGUGUGAUAGGACGGAUGGGACGCACCAGUGAUGAUGUUCUUGACGCCACUGUAGAACUUGUCGCCGAUCUUGAUGGCGUCCCCGACCUUAUCGGUCACGUCCGCAACCGGACCUCCGAUGAGGAUCUCGUCAAGGACCUUUGUGAUCGCCACAACGACGCCGUCGAUCACGUCCUUGGAGGCGUCAUCCACUUCUGCACGCACACAAAUGUGGGGUGGGAGGGGUCAAGUCAGCUACACGCGUGUGUGAGGGCGUGUCGGGUCUUACGGUCAACAACGUCCUUGACAUCGUCGUAGAUAUCUAUGGUAUCGACACCUGAUGGAUGGAUGGAUGGCACACAGCAGAUAGACAGGCAGAAAGGCAGACAGGCCACGUCUGUGCACCACACUGAAUGCUCCCCUCUGUCACUCACCGUCGAUCACGUCCUUGACGUCGUCGUAGAUCGUGUCGAGAACGUCCAGGUCAAGGUCAUAGUCCUUAUCGUCGCCAGUACCGUCACCAUUGCCAUCGUCGGGCUGUACACGAGCACAUGACACACGAAUCAUGGAGGAGGGGUGUCGAGGGGAGGAUUCGGUGGCUGACAGACCUUGUCAGUGAUGCUCCCGGUGAUGUUCUUGGCGAUGUCAAGGUAGUCAUAGAUCUUCUCCGCCAGGUCAAGGUAGUCAUAGAUCUUCUCCGCCAGGUCUGCACACACAUACACCAAUGAUUUUUUUUUUGCAGGCAAGGAACAAGGAACCAUUAGAGCACACACAUGUGUCUCCGUUUCUGUCUGUGU